UAUGGGUUGAUGAGUUCGCUGCAUUGCCAUGGGAUGCGGCUACAGCGGAAGCAAGAGUCCUGCAGCGGUUCUUGCAAGGAAUUGGAGCAAUGGCAAGUCUUCCACAGCAGGUGAUGGAGUCUAUGGACGGUUGGUUUAUCUUCGUCCUGGCAGCAGUGUGAAGACUCAACAUCUGGUGGAUUCUAAGCGCGCUGUUGCUUUUGUUGCAGACGGGAAGUCUUGGGCGCAGUCAAUUGGUUUGUCGGCAACUGAGAUUCUCUUGCGCAAUGGUGUGCAACAGUCAUGGAUAGAUGACGAAUCAACGCUUGGCACUCGCUUUGUUCUUGCGCUGUUCGAUGAUGAUGGUGCUAUCUGGCCAGCUACGUGGGAAGGCCUUCAAAGAGUGAUAAGCACAUACUAUUCUGGCGACAUCGCUGAGAAAAUGAAGCAACACUGGCCCCUGUUGCGCUCGAGCACAUGGAACGAGUUGGAAAAGCUGGCAGGAACCACAUUUUCUGCCCUUGAGGAGAAGGAAGGCCAGAUGACCCCUGACUUGUACCUCCAAUCCGAGGACACUGCGACGAAUGCUCGAAGGUUUUUAGCGAAUUCUCUGUCCGUGAACCGCCUGUUCUCAGGAACAGGUUUCACGGUUGAUGAACGCAAUUCCGAACGUAAAGGUACUGCUGAAUAUUUUGCCGCAAAUCGUUUGUUGAGUUCAAUCCCUUCAGCACAGCUGGUAAACAUCAGCUUGUGACCCAAGUCUCAGAGCCGC